GCUGAGCACCACGUGCUUUGUCGGCUGCUGCGGGCGCUGGGCAGCUGGCUCGGACUCAUGGACUUCUCGGCCCUGGACCUCUUCGCUCUGACCCCGAUACACCUCCUUGGGGACCUCUGCGCCGCGGCCCGCGUGCGCACCGCCACGCAGACCUUGGUGACAUGGCGCGCGAUGGCGCGGGCCCUCCGCGAGACGGCAGCGCGGUGCUUUUCGCUCGAGGCCCUCGGCCGAGGGCUCGCGUGGCCGGGCUUCUGGGAGGCGAGGCCCCUUGCCAUGCUCCUCGAGGAGGCGGCGACGUUGCUGGGUUCGGAGGCAGCCCUGAGGAGCGCGUCGCUGGAAGCCGAG